GCGGAAUCAUCGGCCUGCAGCUGUAUCUCCAUCUAUAUCAUUGUGUAUUUUGUAUCUUUGUCGAGUUGUGCUUAAAUCAGCGCACAAUUGCGAUGAUUGUUGCCGUUUGCCAAUUGAAUUAAAGAAAAUGCGAGGCAAGUGACACACAAAGGCGACGGCGAUUCGAAUAAAACGGGUGGAAAUCGAGGCGCCUCAGGUCAGUCCAGUAUCAGUGGAGUCAACGUUCAGUCUGGUUUUUGUGUGGAUAAAGCCAAAGGAACCGAAUCGAAAAUAUAACUCGAGACAAGAUGAAUAGCUUGCAAGGAUCGCUGGUGCUCCUGCUGCUCGCCGGAGUUUUUCUUCAGGGUCAGGCGGGACUCUUCGAUUGCGAGGACAAGAUACCCGGACUUGGAGAUGUGACCGAUAAGAUAUCGGAGAUAACCGGCAGCAGUACCAGUUCGGAGCAUGAGGUGCGCGAUUUCUUCAAGAACGUGGGCUGCCACAUCAAGGAGGGUGCCAAGAAGCUGGGCGAGAAGGCCAAGGACUUGGGCACGGAGCUCAAAGAGGGUGCCCAGAAGCUGGGCGAGAAGGCCAAGGUCCUGGGUAGCGAUCUCAAGGAUCGCUUCGACGACUUUCGCGACAAGCUGGCCAAGGAUUCCGCCGAGGAGAUGAGCAAGGAUCGCGGCUUCCUGGCCAACGUGGAGAUCAUCAAUCCGGACAUCCUCAAGGGCGAGCAACAAUGUGGGCAUGGCCACAUUCUGGAUGCCUUGGGCAACUGCAGCAAGUUGAGGAAAUAGUCCUUCAAGAGACGCAACCCGUUCCCCUCCCCUCACCUCCCCUCACCGUUAACGUUUAAGUUUUUUUUAUGAUUUUUUUUGUGUGUAAAUAAAAAUGGAAAGUAAAAAUACAAA